AUGAAAGUUUUUUCCAAUGAAGAAAACUUUGACUAUUCCUGGGAAGAAGUCUCAACUGCAAACUGGAUGAAGUAUUGUCCUUGGAACGACAAGUCAACGCACGUUAUCGCAGUAGAUACAAUUUCGCGAAAUGUUGAUCCAGAAACGGGGAUUCUGCGAACAGAACGCCUUAUAACAUGCAAGCAGAGCGCCCCCAAAUGGUUAAGCUCUCUUAUGGGCGGAAACGAGACAUCACAUGUAUUCGAGACAUCAUAUGUUGACCCAAAAUCAAAGAAAGUAACCAUGAUUUCCUCAAACCUCACGUUUUCAAACAUCAUAAAUGUACGAGAAACAGUUGUAUACAAGCCAAUAUCAUCGACUCAAACACACUUUAAGCAAGACGCCAAGAUAACCGCCCUGUGUGGAGGAUGGCAGAAAAUAAAGAAUGCCGUCGAGGAAGCGACAGUUGACAGGUUUUCCGAAAAUGCGCGCAAGGGUAAAGAGGGCUUCGAUAAUGUUCUGAAAAUGAGUCGGCGUGUUUUUAGUGAAGAGAGACAGCGGAUGCAAAGUUAA